UCAAAAAUUUCAUGUUGUAGCUUCAUGUGCCGUCGGGGAUUAGAGUCCCAACCAAACGAUCUCCAAGGACCUUAUCGGCUUAUCCCCAAGAAGAAGCUGAAGCUCAGCCAUGGCGUCGCUGAUAGCAGGGGCACUGCCAAUGACACCCCAAUCCCUCAAACUUAAUUCUAGCUUCUCGUCUUCUCAAUCUGAAGCCCUGGGCAUUUCUCUCUCUUAUUCAACUACUUCCCUUUCACUUUCUGCCUCCACUUCCUCUCCACCAAUCCCAUUUGUGUAUUGUGGCAGAGGCGACAAGAAGACCGCGAAAGGGAAGCGAUUCAAUCACUCAUUUGGCAAUGCGAGGCCACGGAACAAGAAGAAAGGUAGAGGACCACCCAGGAUACCAGUUCCUUCUUCUCCACCGCAAAAAUAUAGCUUUGAAGAUGAUGCGGUUGUCAAGAUUGAAAUCGACGAGUCUCUGAGUUAAAUUUCUGAAUUUGAUUUUCCUUUUAUGAUUAUGUAUUAAUGGUAUGUGUUAAGUUGUUCUAUUUCUUAUUCUAGGAAUUUCCAUUAAUUGCCUUGUAUGUUUAUGGACUGUAUCAUAAAUCUUAUGUGUUUUGCAUUUGAAUGCUUUUCAUCCAAA